UCUAACCCAACUCCACCGCCAUCAACAAAUUCUUCCACCACAAAACAAACAACACACACUUGGGAGAGUAGUUGGGAUUUUGUAUCAGAGUAUCAAAUAGCCAUUAAUUAGUUAAAUUAAAAUGGCCAUUUUCCAAGGAAUUCUGUUGCUCAUAGUCCUUAUAGGUGAACUCGGAGGAGCAGAAGAACAACAUGAUGAGUGCAUCACGCCAACAACUUGCUGUCAAAAGGGCGGCCCUGAUAUCCGAUUCCCUUUCUGGCUCAAAGGGCAUCACCACCAAAACUGUGGGUAUCAUCAUCAUGGCUUUGAUCUUUCUUGCAUUCCUCAUUCCAAAUACCCACUCCUCCAGCUUCCAUUUUCUGUCAAUGUUUUUGUUAAGCAUAUUGACUACAAAUCUCAGACCAUAUUUGUAUCUGACAUAAGUAUAUCUGACUCUGACGCCCAUGGAUGCUUCCCACGACAGCUUCAAAACCUCAGCUUAUCUGCCUCUCCCUUCCAAUUCCCAACAGACAACUCCACCGACCGUUACAGUGGCAUUAACUUCAUCAGUUGUUCCCAGACUUACGAUCCAAAUUUUGUUGGUAUUUUUCCGAUUGCUUGCCUUAGUAACCAGAGUCACCAGGUUUAUGCCACUCGUUCAUGGUCACUCCCAGAUUUAUUUUGCACAAAGAUGUAUAACAUCUCACUUCCAUAUGAAAUAACUGGUGGUUAUGAACAACACAUCACAUUUGAUGUUCUUCAAUUGAAUUGGAACAAACCGGUAUGUAGGGAAUGUGAAGCACAAGGCAAGUACUGUAGAUUCAAGAAUAACAACAACAACAGCAGCAGCCAAUUAUUAAAUGGAACAACUGAAUGCUUUGGCAACAUCAGACAACCAAUUUCGGGUACAUCGAGGAAACUAGAGAUUACAGGUGGAGUCCUGGGUCUGACUCUUUGUGUUAUAGUUAUAGUUAUCAUUGCAAUAUAUAGAUCAAACAAAAUGAAAAAAGAGGAUCAAGCAAAGAUCAACAAAUUUUUGGAGGAUUACAAAGCUCUCAAGCCUGCAAGAUACUCUUAUGCAGAUAUCAAGAAAAUAACAAAUCAAUUUGAGGAGGAAGUAGGUCAAGGAGGUUACGGAAUAGUAUACAAGGGAAAGCUUUCCAAUGAUGUUUAUGUCGCAGUCAAGAUCCUCAACAAUGUGAAAGGAAACGGAGAUGAGUUCAUCAAUGAAGUGCAAACAAUGGGUAGAAUCCACCAUAUCAAUGUGGUUCGCUUGGUGGGAUAUUGUGCUGACGGAUUUAGAAGAGCUUUGCUUUACGAGUUCUUACCAAACAAUUCACUAGAUAAAUUCAUAUCCUCUAAUCAAGAGAAGCAUUCACUUGGUUGGGAGAAAUUGCAUGACAUUGCUCUUGGCAUAUCUAAAGGAAUUGAAUAUCUUCAUCUCGGGUGUGAUCAACGAAUCCUGCACUUCGAUAUUAAGCCUCAGAAUGUCUUGUUGGACAACAAGUUUAACCCAAAGAUCUCUGAUUUUGGUCUUGCAAAAUUGUGUUCAAAGGAACAAAGUGUUGUAUCUAUGACUGCCGCUAGAGGGACUGUGGGCUACAUUGCACCCGAAGUGUUCUCCAGGAACUUUGGGAACGUCUCAUACAAAUCAGAUGUUUAUAGUUUUGGAAUGUUGUUGAUAGAUAUGGUUGGAGGGAGGGAAAAUACGAUAACACAGAACACAAGUGAGUGUUACUUUCCAGAAUGGAUAUACAAACGUUUGGAUCAAGGAGAAGAUCUAGGAAUUCAAAUUAAGGCAGUUGGGGAUGCAAAAAUUAUAAAGAAACUAAUAAUUGUGGGACUUUGGUGUAUACAAUGGUACCCAGUGGACCGACCAUCGAUGAAAGUUGUGGUGCAAAUGUUGGAAGGAAAUGAAGACACUCUGUCAGUUCCUUCCAGUCCAUUUGCCUCCACAAAUCCAAUGCCAAAAAAGGCAACAAUGGACGGGAGAACUUUCAAUAGCGACUUAGAAUUAGUUUCUGAAUCUGAAUGAGAGAAUGAAUUAUUGGUAUUUUUCAAGAUUUUUUUGACUAUAUAAUAGGAAUUAAUCUCAUUGUUCUUACCAAUGAGUGUAGAAUUAAUUGUUUAUCAAUGUAUUACUAUAUCCAUUCAAUACUACAUCUUGUGCAUGUCCUUUGUAUUGAUAGUCCUCUUGUAAUGGUGUGCUCUAUUAGGUUUUUGUUCUUGGCAAUCCCGUUUGACAAAACUCUUUUCAGUUGUAA